GCUUGAAUCAGCGUUACCAACACCGUAAGCGUCCUGUGACCUCCAGACACUACGAUCGCGAGUGAGGAAGACCAAAUCCUUCUCGGUGAGGCGUCUUCGCCCAAAUCUUCACGAUUCCACUACAUUUCGGAGACGGCAAUGCCCUGGGAACUAGCUUGAGACGCGGCAUCGUUCCUAGAACAUGCCAACUCCCCACACCAAGAUACACAACUAAGAGCUGCUAUCAACACACUGAAGCCCCACCUUUAAAUCAGAAGCGAACUGCAGUUGUAAUUUGUACUGCCCGUAGACGAGACUUCCUCCCUGAAGGCUGACAGGAAGGCAGCACAAAAAUCAAGGGUGCUGUCACAGCGGAAUGGAAACAGUAGCAUUGGUUGCUCAAGACCAUCUCCAGGAUGGAACAGGUACAACUUCAGUAUUUCCAGAAAAGUAAUAAGGUGACACAGACUGGCAUGAUAGAGGUACCUCAGCCUCCCGUUUUGGACAACUGUGCACCAGUGUAUGCUAAUGUCACCUUCGAUGACAAUGCUUCUGUCACGAAGGAACAAAAUAAAUUAAAAACUCAGAUUGAAAUGUGGUUACAGUCAGGUGCUGACAAGCCCUAUGAAUGUGGCAACUGCAGCAAGAGGUUCUCUCAGAAGAGUCACCUGAACAGUCAUAUGCUAAUUCACACUAGCGACAAAAAGUACGAGUGUGAAUUGUGUGGUAAAAGGUUUACAAUGGAAAGCCACCUGAAUGGUCACAUGCUGGUUCAUACCAGUGAGAAGAAAUUUGAGUGUGAUGUAUGUGCAAAAAGAUUUGCACAGAAGAGCCACCUGAAUGGGCAUAUGCUAGUUCACAGCGAAAAGAAAUAUGGGUGUGAGAUCUGUGGUAAACGUUUCAUACUUGAAAGUCAUCUUAGUAGCCACAUGCAUGUGCACAGUGAGAAAAAAUUUGUGUGUGAGCUUUGUGGGAAGCGAUUCACACACAAAAGCCAUCUAAGCAGCCAUCUGCUGGUGCAUAGUGAGAAAAGGUUUGGAUGUGAGAUAUGUGGAAAGCGUUUUACGCAGUUAAGUCACCUCAACAGCCAUAGAUUUGUUCACAGUGAAGAGAAGAGGUUUGAGUGUGAGAUGUGUGGCAAGCGAUUCACACAGCUAAGCCACCUAAAUAGUCACAGGGUUGUGCACACAGUUGAGAAGAGGUUUGAAUGUGAAGGAUGUGGCAAACGGUUUAUGCAAAAAAGUCAUCUUAAUAGCCAUAGGUUUGUGCACAGUGAGGAGAAAAUGUAUGAGUGCAAAGAAUGUGGAAAACGAUUUGCCCAGGAGGUUCACCUCAACAGUCACAAAUUUGUUCACAGUGAGGAAAAGAAGCUGGAGAGUCAGGAAUGGGGAAGGAAAUUUACACAGGAAACUAUUAUAAAUGGUCACAGAUUUGUGCAUCACGAUAAGAAAAAGUUUGAAUGUCAAGAUUGUGGCAAACGAUUCUUCUUGAAGAGUCACUUGAACAGCCACAGGUUUGUUCACACUGAAGAGAGAAGAUAUGAAUGUGGUGUGUGUGGUAAACGUUUUGCACAAAGGAGCCAUCUCAGUAGCCAUGAGUUUGUGCACAGUGAAGAGAAAUUGUUUGAGUGUGAAGAGUGUGGAAAGCGCUUUGCCCAACAAAUUCACCUCAGUAGCCACAUGUUUGUACACAGUGAAGAAAAGAGGUUUGCAUGUCAGGAAUGUGGCAAGCGCUUUUCACAAGAGAGCCACCUUAAUAGUCAUAGGUUUAUGCACACAGAGAAGAAAGGCUUUGACUUUGAAGAAUGUGGGAAAUUGUUUUCACAAAAGGGUCAUCUUAACAGCCUUAUCCUUGUCCCCAAUGAUGAUAAAGUGUUAGGAUAUGAAGAAAAUGGUAAGAUCUUCACUCAACAGGCCUAUCAGCCCCCAUACUCUUAUGGGCAGCUGACAGCUGGACAGUUGUCAGAAAAGGUGAGGACCCUGUGGCCACUAUAGCCUGGGGUAAAAGUCUUCCAAGUGCAAGACAAAAUAAUUAUUGCUGACAGUAACAGUAAAUUGGCAGCUGUAACACUUCCUGAGGUGGUACAGAAUCAGAGCACUACGUAAUUGCUUUGUUCCUACCAUGAAGCCUUUCCACCAACCAUGGUGCAUUUCAGGCAGUUACCCUUUUCAUGGGAAGCAAGAGAAGAGAUAUAUUUAUUAAUCUUAAUGAUUAAGAAACUAUGUGACUUUUUUAUUUUGACUUUUAAAAUCUUCAUGUCAUAUAAGUUGACAUAUAUUAUGCAAAGAUUGGCCAGCUGUAUGAGAAUUAGUUACAGUAGAAGUGGCCACAAAAUUGAGUUUGAAACCUGUUUUUAUAUGGUAUUGGGCAAGAAAAGUUAUUUGCUUAUUUUUUUCUUUUCAUGCAGUGAUCCAUGCAUAGGAUUUACUUGUAAUCAGUUUCUUUGCUUUUUGAAGCUAAGAAAUUUAACAAGAAACUAAAGGAAUUGGUGUGAAAAGCUAUUUAUUUUCUAGAUGCAAUAUUCAUUGUAAUUUGUAUUAUGAUUUGUGCAUUUAUGAUACACUGUAUUGAUCUCUUGCUUAUAAUGCUGAAAUACAAUAUUUGAUGAGCAGCCUGUAUGAGAGCAUGUCAGAUAUAAAGCAUUAGAGGGCUGUUAUUUACAUAUAAAUGAAGCUAUGCAGAAUGUGUUGCUUUUAUAAAGAAGGGCACAAAGGAAGACAAAAAUGUAUUGGGUUCCAGAUACUUUUUUAUUUAUCUAUUUUGUAUCAUGUUUUAUUUAUUUAUGCACUUCCAUAAUGUUUACAUAAGCAUAUACUGUAACUUGAUAGAUAAGAUAAAGUAAAAAAAAAAAAAAAAAAAAGAAUUUGAGAACUUGCAUGUUCUCUUAUUUUAUGAUAUUUCUAAAAUGAUGCUAAUGUUAGUCAAAGUAAGUGUAGUGAUUAUACGAUACACAUUGUAUAUGAGCACAGUAAUCUUUAAAAAAAAAAUGUGAAAGAAUAAGAGGUCAAGGUGAAUUACUUGCUUUCAUUUCAUUGUCUUCUUUAUCAGCGUUUUGCAUCUUAUGCAGACAAACUUGGUAAAAAGAUGGCAAGAGAAAGAGAGUACUUUGAAAUGAAUGAAAAUGUGGCAGAAUGUAGAAUGAAAAUAUAAGUUCCUUUGAAAAUUAGGUAGAAGUAAAGUUUGUUUCUUCAGUAUCUGACACCCUAUCAGGUACAGCAGACUGAACGUACAGACCCAGUGAUGUUUGUGUAUAUUUAUGUAUAUAUAUAUAUAAUUGACCAAGCGCCAGAUUGAUUUUUGUAUUGCCACAGUCCUCAUAUUUCGACAGGGGAGAACUGUAAUGUGGUAGUGGUUUUGUAUUGCAAAAUUAAUUAGAUAUGGAUUAUGCUCAAACAUAGAAGCAGAGAGCACAGAAUUAACAAGACAAGUAUUUGAUUGGCAGCUUGAUAGAAAUAUCUUAUUUUUAAGUUAUAUUUAGCAUGAUUUAUAAGCAAAGGUGUAGUAUGCAGUUCUUGUAAACAUUAAACAUUGUAUGUUUCACUUCACCAAGAACGUAUUUAUAGUGUGAAAAUUGUUAUGUUAUUUAAUAAUCACAGUGAAUAUUAUAUAUGGCAGUAACUUGGUCUUCUGCAAGUCAGUCUUUGUAUGGUAUAAUUUUUAUUUUGUUUUAUUUUUAAGAUAAAAUUUAUGCAUUAAAAUAUUAUUAUUAUAACUAUAUAGAAUAUACAGAAAAAUAUAUUAAAUUGUACCGGUGUUUGUUGUGAACAAAUUACCAAAUUUAUUUGAUGAAGAAGUCAUAAAGUAUUUACCAAAUUUAUUUGAUGAAGAAGUCAUAAAGUAUUUACCAAAUUUAUUUGAUGAAGAAGUCAUAAAGUAUUUUUUAUUAUUUACUAUAUCAGCAUUUAUUGUUUCUAGUUGAUUAGAAAGUGUUUAUUAACCUGGCCUUGUAUUUAGAAACAUGUUAAAAUGGUCUGAUGCACAGAUGCAACUGAAGAAAGACUGGAUUUGUUCAUGACUUGAAUUUGCAAAAUUUCUUUCACUUAUUUUCAGUGCAUGUGCAAAUUUAGAAUUUUAUCAGUGCAAAAGAUAUAUUUUGUUUUUCUUCUUUAUUAAUAGAUUAUAUUAUAAAUGUUGUUAUUAUUUUCUUAGAUUUAUUUUAUAAUUAUUGAAAAAUGUGUGCAGAAAAUGUACUAGAGUCUGUCAUGCAGUUUCAUUUUGUAAAAGAUAUCUUUGUUAUGUUUAAUACGGAACUUUAGCCUCAUCAUCGUGGGGGGUAAAUUUUACUCUAUAUUGGUAACAAGUCCCAGCUUUGAGGGAUGGUGGGGUCGUGCUGCUUGUUCUUUGCAGAUGGAAGAAUAUUGUUGGUUGUAUUGAUGAGAUGGCAAUACCUGCAUUGAAUUUUAAUAGAGUAAUGAUUAUCAAAAUUUUCACACUAUACUUCAUAUUAACCUAAUAAGACCUCACAUAUGCCUACUGGGAUAUUAGGUGUAUAUUUCGCUUACAAAAAGUAGUUAGGGAUGAAGCCAGGCUUUAGUUAUGCCGGGACUGUGUACAUAGGUAGAGAAUAGGCUAUAACCAGGUAACUGAGACUUAAGUAAUGUGACACCAACUUUUUUUUCCACAUGUAGGUAACAAUUGACCCAUGUAUAAUUAUCUCUUUUUGUUAAAUAAACUCUUUAUAUUAAUGACAUCAAGAAGCAUUGUUAUUUCAGUAUUAACCUUGACAAACAAAACUACUGUAUUCACAUUGCUUAGUUGCAGGAAAUUGACUGAAGUUUUUAUCUAUGUUGUCUGCUGUAUGACAUUUUGGAUAUAUUUAUUUUAGCUGAUUGCAUAAAUGUUUCUUUUAGUAUUGUAAACUGUACUUUUCCAUAUUUACAUAGAUACAUUCUGAUGACAACUUUUUGGUGUUCCUGUGCAAGUUAAGAAAGAUAGAACGGUGGAUGAUUAAAUUAUAUGAUAUAAGCUGAAUCAAUAAAUUAAUUUGGAAUAUGA